AUGGAAAAGACUGACUUGGCCCCUUUGUUCGCUCUGUGGAGCUGGGGAUGUCGAUGGCCCUAUGAUGAGUUGUCAUUCAUUGUCGAUGGUCCGUCCAAUGGAUGUGAUUGUCACAGGACUAUAACCCAAUGCCAUGCCACGUAUCAUGCAGAGCGGCAUCCGGAAUCGCCAGCCGAUCUCAUCAAUGCCGUGAAGGAAACCUGUCCCCCAAAAGUUUCAGUUUCAUUUCAACAAAGCAGCACCAGCCAGUACUUGCGCCGUGCCAACGCAGAAUCUUCGCUCGGGCCCCGUACAAAUGAUACCAAGGUGUUGAUCAAAGUUACAGUCAAGAAACUUGCGUAUUCGUCCAAUGAAUCCUUCAAAUAUGAUCAAUCUUGCUUGAAACAAAAGAGGAGGUUGACCGCGCUUCUCGGCCUGAAUAACUCGGCCAAUUUCGCAGCCAACACAUCACCAGCAUAA